GCCGCUUUGCGCGCGGCUGGAGUGGGUGGGGAAGAGGCGCGGGGCUCCUGGGCUCCCACUUGCCGGUCAGCCGUUGCCCCGCCCCGCUGAAGCGCGCCCCCUCCUGCUCUGACCUUCGCCCUGCGGGUGUUGUCUCCAAAGCGGUGAGCUGUUGGGGGGCUCCAGUGUGCAUGGAGGCGCUCGGCUGCUGGCAGACAGGUCUCUAGGUGUAGGAACGGACUGUUCACAUCGUGUGGGCUGCGGUGACCGAGCCGUGGCCCGUGCAGAGGAACAGCACAGGCUUAUUUUCAGUUCCGGCCACUGGCAAGGCCGCAGCCAGGCGCCAGCUGGCCCUUCUCCCCUUCUGGCUUUGUUCUCAGCACAGCAGGGCAGAGCGGAGCGGCCUGUGCACCUCUGCUGGGGUGCUGGCCGCCCGCCCCGCCCCUCGCAGACGCUGGUGUCUGUGUCUGUUGCGCUCAGGCCAAUGGGUCCCUGUGGGCACCACCCCGGCCUGGCGACUGGCGGGCUUUGGUGGGCAUUGAGUUUUGCCCAUUUCCAGCGCCUUUGGUGGUGGCGGGGACUUCCCCAGGGGAGACAGUGUGCAUUUGGGGAAUAAAGUGGAGUGAUCUUAUGAUGGACUUUCGAUGUGAUUUUACUUUCACUUUGCUGUGCGCCUCAUUGACCCUCCCCAGCCCCCAGCAUUCAAAAAAUGUUACUGGUGUUAGGAAUGAGCUAGCUUGGCCCAGGGGGACGUUCUGCAUUUCUGGAGGUGCUGGAGUGUGGGGUGACGAUGCUGGAGUUUGGGAGGAGGAGCUGCAGAGGGGGCCAUGCAGAGGGCCCCGCCGCCCGAGCUGAGGGAGCCCCUCUCCGGCUCAGGUUCCAACCUGAAGGAGUGGCUGAGGGAGCAGUUCUGCGACCACCCGCUGGAGCGCUGCGAGGACACGCGGCUGCACGACGCGGCCUACGUGGGGGACCUGCAGACGCUCAGGAGCCUGUUGCAAGAGGAGAGCUACCGGAGCCGCAUCAAUGAGAAGUCGGUCUGGUGCUGCGGCUGGCUCCCCUGCACGCCGCUGCGCAUCGCGGCCACUGCGGGCCACGGCCACUGCGUGGACUUCCUGAUCCGGAAGGGGGCCGAGGUGGACCUGGUGGACGUGAAGGGGCAGACCGCGCUGUACGUGGCCGUGGUGAACGGACACCUGGAGAGCGCGCAGAUCCUGCUGGCGGCCGGCGCUGACCCCAACGGGAGCCGGCACCACCGCAGCACGCCCGUGUACCACGCUGCGCGCGUGGGCCGCGCCGACAUCCUGCAGGCGCUCAUCAGGUACGGGGCUGACGUCGAUGUCAACCACCACCUCACCCCGGACGUCCGGCCCCCCUUCUCCCGGCGGCUCACCUCCUUGGUGGUCUGCCCCUUGUACAUCAGCGCGGCCUACCACAACCUCCAGUGUUUCAAGCUGCUCCUGCAGGCUGGGGCGAACCCUGACUUCAACUGCAACGGCCCUGUCAACACUCAGGGCUUCUACAGGGGCUCCCCGGCCUGCGUCCUGGAUGCCGUCCUGCGUCACGGCUGCGAAGUGGCCUUCGUGAGCCUGCUGGUAGAGUUUGGAGCCAACCUGAACCUGGUGAAGUGGGAGUCCUUGGGCCCCGAGUCGAGAGGCAGAAGGAAGGUGGACCCUGAGGCGCUGCAGGUCUUCAAAGAGGCCAGAAGUGCCCCCCGGACCUUGCUGAGUCUGUGCCGCGUGGCCGUGAGAAGGGCCCUGGGCAAGUGCCGGCUCCGCCUCAUCCCCACGCUGCCGCUGCCGGACUCCGUGAAGCGGUUUCUGCUGUUCGAGUAGCCGGGAGCACGUGUCUGCCCUGGGAGGACGUCGUGCGCGUGCUGCGCGGGACCCGUGCCUGGGGGCAGAGGCGCCUGGCUCCCGACCGUCACCGCCUGUCGCUGCCUGUCGUUCUCCCUCCCCCGCCUCUGUUGGGAUUUGCACGGCUGCCUGUGGUAGAAGCAGGUCUGGGGUGUGCCGUGGGCGCCGAGCCGGGGCCUCACCCCAGCGGGCAGGACGCCCAGCCCACCCCAGAACUCGGCUCCUGCUGGCAUUUACGUCGAGUUCUGUUGUUCGAUUAAAUCCUCUGACAACGACGUGGACGGGCGUCCUGGGGAGGACAGAACACGGAAGCGCGGCUCCCGAACUUGCUGGUCUGUCUGCUGUUCCUGCCUGGCGCCGAGCUCCCUGGUGUGAUGGUCUCGGGCGCGCCUUCGUGCAAGGCUGGCUCCCGGCCCGGGGACUGCCUGUGUUUGCGCCACGUUGGUGUGUGCAGAGCUCCAGCCCACUCUACACCCAGCUGUGCCUGCACCGGCCGACAGGUCUGUGCGUCUCUGCCCUCUGCUGGGGCCUUCUGGACACUGACCUGGAGGCCCGCCCGCCUUAGCCAGCAAGUGCCUGCUGCGGCCCAGGACCUUCCGCAGUAUCACUGCCACUUCUGAGAGGGAUGUGCCUAUGGCACCGUCUUCCACGCCUGCCCACGCCAGGGCUGGUGCUGGGCGUGGUGACCUGCUGGCCGGCGGGCAGUUGGUUGAUUGAUCUCACUUUUUGGGGCCUGAUGUCCUGGUGGUUGGUCCUAGAACCCGAGCAGGGGUGGACAUGAGGGCGCAGGCUGUCCCUGACCUGCCCGGAGUGGUGGUCUGGGAGCGGGAUGGCUGCUCGUGACCCCGGCGUCCUCGGCCGUGGGCUGGCCCCCACUCCGUGGGCUGGCCUGCAGGUGUGGGCUGGCGCUUAGGUCUGGCCAGCCUUCCAGGACCGCGGCUUGUGGUGAUUCCAACCUCAGGGAGCUUGGGGACAGGCAGCUUCCGGAUUCCUGUUUAGAGUUUCUGUAAUAGGAGGAAUUAGCUAGUGGCCCUUGAGCUAAUGAGCGGGCCUGUCGGCUCCUGAGCGCCUGGUGUGUCGGCAGCCAGGGCUCUGUGGCCAGCGGGUGGCCUGCUAGCCGCCUCGUGCGAGCCGUGAGGAUAUAGCCGGCGCGCCUGUGGUCUGGGGCUGUGCUGCCCUCCGUGUGCUUGUGUGGGACGGGGGCGGCUCCCCGGGAUCGGGCUGGGACCGGGGCUGUGCGCCAGGAAGCGGCAUCUGCAGGGCUGCUGGAGUGGCUGUGGAUGCGCCAGCCGGUUUCUGGGGCGCUGCCCUCUCCCCCUGGGCCCAGCUUCUCUUUUUCCAAGCCAGCCUUGGCUGGUUUUCCCUGAAUCCCAGAUACUUGGGAUGUGGCCUCUGGUUUGGAACGUCACAGCCGUCAAACCGAAUGUGAAACAGGAGCUGCCCGAGAUGCUCAUUCUUCCUGCUUUGAGCAGCGCUUUCCCCAGCUCCCUUCUCGUGUCGGCAGGGACAGGUCGGGGGAGGAGCGGGGUUUCCACGGAGCACUUUAUAGACUUGUUUCUAGGCCCUGGGGUGCCCAAGUCCAUGUCACAAGGAGAUGUAGUGACCCCGAGGCCGCUCUGCCACCCGCCUCACGUCCACCGGAGGGCGGGGAGCCCAGCCCUGGAGCCCGACGGGCCCCCCCAAGGCGCCUGCAGGGUCUCGGCCCUGGCUGCUCGGGCGGGCUGGGCCGGUCCUGCCCCCGCUCCGAGUGCAGCUGUGCACCAGGGUCACACACGGCUGUGCCUUUCCGCGUUACUUGUGUUAUUUAUAUAUUUAUUUGCUGCACCCGCUUCGUUGGGAAGGAUUUGAGGCAGGAAGCCUGGUUUUUGAUACUCUUUUGAUAUUUGGUAAGUUGGCAAACAGGUAAUUUUGUAAAAAGACAAGAAGCAGUUUGCACGGGUAAACAUUUCUGUUGUCAGGCUCUUAAGUGCCAUCGUUUUACGUUUUCUUCUUCCCUGAGUUGGCCCUUCAAAGACAGGGUGCCCGCAGGUCUGAGCAGGGAGGAGCUGUGCAGACAGCGCGCUCUGGCCCGUGUCCCUGUCGGCUCCGGGGGGCGGCGGGGGGCCGUGGGGCAGCGUGGCUGCAGCUCCUCCGGAGGGCGGCUUCUGGCCCUGCCCUUCCCGCGGGCGCUGGGGGCGCAGCGGAGCACGGCUGUGGCAGUGCUUCCUGCAGAGCCGUCCCUCUGGCUCGCCACUGUCCUCGCCACUCCUGUCCCUCCUCUAGGGUGUGCAGGAGGUGGUGGUGGUGCCUCGGGGUCAGCAUGACCUUGGGUGCACGCAGAGGCAGGGAGGGAGUGUGCUGGCCCCCCGCACAGGCCUUGGGCGCCGAGGCCUCCCUGGCGGCGAGAAGAGCGUGUUGGCCGAGUGCUGUCCGGCCUGUCCAGGGUCAGCCCCUUCCGGGUGGUGAAGGGGACAGUGGAGGGCCAUGUUUUUCUCGUGCCCUGCCCUGCCCAGCAUCUCUCUCAAGUUGGCUGGUCUUUGAAGUCCCCAGUGGGCCGCCCCCCAGCAGUGGCUCGUUUGUGCAAGGACAGGCGCCUCUGGGCUAGCUGGGGGAGGCUGAGGCGGGGGAGCAGCCGGGCUCACCCCUGCGCUGAGUCUCUGUGGUGGUGGCCCUGGCACCCCGGCCCCGAGAGGCCCGCCCAGGAAGUGCCUGUGGCCUGCUCUGCGAGGCCCCACCCCACUCUGGGCCUGGCGCCCCUCGCCUGGUGGGGGCUGCAGGUGUCCCCCUUCCCUGCUCCACAGGCUCCCCUCCCCCGCGGGCCCCCUGGUGUGGGCACAGUGACCGACGGGCGCGGGUGAGUGUGGUGGUGACCGGGGCCGGGAGUACCGUGGGGGCCUGGCUGCCUUGAGCCUGGCCUCGGCUUCCGGCUUCCCGCUCCCUCCGCCGUGCCGAGUGCCGUGACUCGUGGGGUCCGAGUGGGCGUUGUGGGCGCCGUCCCCGAGGCGCUCCUGCUGCCCACCGCUGCCGCGGGGCUCUGGGCACAGAGGCGUGAGGCUGGCGGGCUGGGGC